CAUUCACAAGUGUUUCAAUUCUCUUACGCUGAAAAGAUUUAAAUUUACUUGUAGUGGGUUCCAAUGGUAUGGAGUCGUCGAGAGAAAUCGGCGAUACGGGUAUUACUUACUCGAAAAACGCUGUGCUAGGUACAGGCUUUUUUGGGGAUGUUUAUUGUGGUUGUUUCAACGGCGAAAAUGUUGCUGUAAAAAAAAUAUUAAAGCGUUCGGAAAAAGAUGUCCGCGAAUGCAAUCUGCAAAUUAAACUUGAUCACGAGAACGUUUUGGCCAUUCGUAAAGUGGCAGAAGAUGAAGAUUUUCGGUAUAUCGUGCUGGAACUUUGUGCGGGAACCCUUGGAGAAGUCAUUGAGAAAACGUACAAAGGCCCAGACUUGCCGCCUGACCAAGUUGUUCUGUACGAAAUCGCAGAUGGCCUUGAUUACAUCCACGGAAAGAAACUUGUCCAUCGCGAUGUUAAACCUGAUAACAUUUUAAUUUCCAUGUCUGGUCAAAUGAAAUUAUCGGAUUUCGGAUUAAGCAAAAAAAUCAGCACACGGAACACGUGCUCGAUGAGUGGACUUAAAGGAACCCUUUUAUGGAUGGCACCAGAGCUGAGGAGUAAUAACGAACCCAAUAAAGCAACGCCUAAAUGUGACAUCUUCCCGUGUGGUUGCGUCUUUUUUGUUUUCCUUACGCGUAAAAAUGGUGGUAUUCAUCCGUUUGGCGACAAGAAUGGCGAUCACAUCGAAGUACAACAGAAUAUCCGUGAUGGUACACCAGUUAACCUGGAUGUAUUAAGAGGUGAUCAUUUUGCUGCUGAUGUCAUUCGAAAAAUGAUAAAAAAAGAUCCGUCGGUUAGAAUCGCUUUGGAAGAGGUUAAACGCUCGUUUCAAGAACUCGAGAGAAAAACGUAUCCAUUCCUCCGUUUCUGCUGGAAUCAAGUUACCAACUGGAACCUAAACCCCAGCAACCUAAGUAAAUCCAAGAAAUCCAACAACGCGAAUGACUUAAGCAAUUCCCGCUACCCCAGCAAUUCCAGCAACCGCAGCGACUUCAGCAAUCCCAGCAACCCAAGCAACCCCAACGACUCCAUCAACCCCAACGACCCCAGCAACCAUAGCAAUUCCAGCAACCAUAGCAAUUCCAGCAACCUCAGCAACACGUGCCACCCCGGCAACCUCAGCGUUCACAGUAAAUCCCGAUAG